AUGGCAAUACAUUUCACAUUCACACAUCAUUAUUAAAAGAAGAGGACAAUACAAAUCAAGUUUUUAGCAUCAUCUUCCAAAUCAAAAUUCGUGAUGCACUCUAAGUCAAUGAUAUCAUUAUGAAACAUUCCAUAUGGAAACAUUUCUUUUUUUACUGAUAAAACCUGUGAUUAAAUCCUGAUUUGAAAGACUCAAGAGAAUUUACGAUGUAAUCAAUUGUUGGCCACCUAGGACUCUAAAUGUCCACAAGAAUUUCAGGAUAAACUUUUGUGAAAAUUGAACUUGGUAAUUAGUGUUUGAUAUUGAGAUGUUAUAUCUAAUAUAAUUGAAGUUAUUCUUGAAAUCUAGAUGUAGUUAGGGGACUGAAUCACUUCAAAAAUUAAAAGUUUCACGCAUCUAGAUCCUCAUAUGUCAUGAGACUCAUGACAUUGAGGAGAAUAUCAAAGAUCUGAGAAAUAGCUGAUAAUAGUUGAUAAUAGAAGUCAAUAUAAGUGCAGCCUAAAAUCCAAUAUCUAAUAAGAUCAAGAAAAUAAUAAAAUUAAAAAAAUGAAGGGAAAAAAUAGCUAUUCACGAUGAAGCUUUGACAUCAAGAAACUAAUGAAUCAAGCCUCUAAUAAGCUUAGAGAUGAAUACCCAUAAUGUCAAUGCAUUCUUAAUUUGUAUUUAGAGUAAGUCAACACUUAAUCUUCUUUGUCCCACUAGAGAUGUGAACUUAAAAGAGACAAGCAAGUCUCCUUUGUCUAAAUUGUUAGACUUGUAGAUUUGGAAGAGAUGAGUUAAUCUCCUUUGUUUGGACUCUUAGAUAUGUGGAUCUAGAAGAAAUUAGUGGAUUCUCUUUUGGCUUAGCCCCAUAGGGCUAAGAUUUUUGAAGAAGAUUCCUGAAUUGGAUCUUGAGUUUGUUAGCACUAUAAAAUCUAGGGAAGACAACUAAAGCAUGUAAUUUAUUGUAUAUUUUAUUAGACAUUUAGCAAAACCCAAACAAGAAAAAGGAUAUGCGCUACUUGGAGAGUGUAGUAGGUCAAGUGGCUGGAUAACUAUAAACAUUGUGAAGCACUUUCCUAUUAAUCUAAAUAAUAGAAAUGAAAGGGAAAAAGAAUAUUCAAAAACCCAAGUCAACUGCCUUUGUGGUCUCACGUGGCCAUGUUUUUAAUUAUCUCAAUAUGUUAUUUUCUAUCUUCGAUUUUCUGAAUUAUUAA